AGUUUCUUUCUGGGAGCUCGGAACUGGGGCCCGGUUGGUGUGCUGCUCGGAGCAAUGGAGCCAGCCUUUGGGGAGGUGAACCAGCUGGGAGGAGUAUUCGUGAACGGGAGGCCGCUGCCCAACGCCAUCCGGCUUCGCAUCGUGGAACUGGCCCAACUGGGCAUCAGACCGUGUGACAUCAGCCGCCAGCUACGGGUCUCUCAUGGCUGCGUCAGCAAGAUCCUGGCGCGGUACAACGAGACAGGCUCGAUCUUGCCUGGAGCCAUCGGGGGCAGCAAGCCUCGGGUCACUACCCCCACUGUGGUGAAGCACAUCCGGACCUACAAGCAGAGGGACCCCGGCAUCUUCGCCUGGGAGAUCCGGGACCGCCUACUGGCCGACGGCGUGUGUGACAAGUACAACGUGCCCUCUGUGAGCUCCAUCAGCCGCAUCCUGCGUAACAAGAUCGGCAACUUGGCCCAACAGGGCCAUUACGACUCAUACAAACAGCACCAGCCUGCACCGCAGCCGGCGCUGCCCUAUAACCACAUCUACUCCUACCCCAGCCCCAUCACGGCCGCCGCCGCUAAGGUGCCCACGCCGCCCGGGGUGCCCGCCAUCCCCGGCUCCGUGGCCAUGCCUCGCACCUGGCCGUCCUCGCACUCUGUCACCGACAUCCUGGGCAUUCGCUCCAUCACCGACCAAGUGAGCGACAGCUCCCCCUACCACAGCCCCAAGGUGGAGGAGUGGAGCAGCCUGGGACGCAACAGCUUCCCCGCCGCCGCCCCGCACGCCGUGAACGGGCUGGAGAAGGGAGCCUUGGAGCAGGAAGCCAAGUACGGCCAGGCACCAAAUGGCCUCCCGGCUGUGAGCAGUUUCGUGUCAGCAUCCACCAUGGCUCCUUACCCGACCCCGGCCCAAGUGUCACCUUACAUGACCUACAGCGCUGCUCCUUCUGGUUAUGUUGCUGGACAUGGAUGGCAACAUGCCAGUGGCACCCCACUUUCCCCCCACAACUGUGACAUUCCCGCGUCGCUGGCAUUCAAGGGAAUGCAGGCAGCCAGAGAAGGUAGUCACUCUGUCACAGCUUCCGCACUCUGAUGGGAGAUUCCGUCCGCCACAGCCUCACCCAGCGGCCCCCUCCGCACACCCUCCCCUUCCUGCCCUCCAACCCUUUUGCCUGGAGAGCUGGCUGUAUGGACUCACGUCCUUUGUGCUGAUGACACUUAAUUAUUUCUUGCCAUAACUUCUCUCUCACAGAA